AAGAAGCAAGUGAAAGAAGUGUCCAAGAGCUAUUAGGCGACAUACAAUUUUUUGGACUUUUUCAUAGUUAUUGAUAUAUAUAUAUUUUUUUUUCUAACCCAAAGUUCCAUUAACAACGACUUUCUAUGUGUUAAGUCAAUUGAAAAUAAUCAAAGUUCGAAAUACUGUUAAGUCAUUGUUCAUCAACCCAACAAGAAAAAAAAAAUAAACAAGUUUGAAAUCUGGAUGUUUUGCUCAAGCACUCAUAAAACAAUAGCGCGAAAAUCGGUCAAGUACAACGAAAAACAAACUCUGGAUUCAGACAUCAAAAUAAUAGUAUCAAAAAUAUUUACUUUUGUGAGUUGUUGCAGCCGCGCUGUACAGGCGAAUCGUUGUAGCAGAAGUCGAAAUUGUCCUGCCGUAAAUCGCCAAGUCUCCCGUGGACAAUGUUAACCACAGCGCAGCACCGAGGCAUAUGUAGCACAACACCGAUAUCAACCCGUAAUGUGUUAUUUUUAAUGUUUGGCGCUCUGCUAGCACUGCCACCAACUCAGCCCUCCACUUUAGAUGAAUUUUACGUUCAACCAACACCAGCGCUACAUGCCGCUAAAGGAGAUAUAACGACGGUUUUAUUGGUUAAUAAUGAAAACAGUGGACGUAACGGUCAUUUAGGCCACUUUGUAAAUGUGCGUCCAGAAGUUGGCUUUUUAAAGUCAACCGCACGCACCUUUAUACAGGAAGGCGUAACAACAGAAUAUGCCACUCAAAUAGUGGGCACAACGCUGGAAAAUGGACGUUUAUAUGCACAAGUCUUAAAGAAAAGUUCAAGAGUGUUCUACGACAACGGCCAACUACCGCAUCAAACGUUUGUUUCGCCUACAGUUGUUACCAGCUGGGUGGGUGAUAAUUUGGAAUUGCAAACUAAAUCCCUGUUAGAGAAUCAUAAUGAUCUAUUCAACGCCGAUCAGCCAGAUUGGCAAGAUAUUGAUGAUCGUUUACUAAUUGACGGUGGUAGUGCUUUUGUUGGUAAUACUGAUUUUAUUGAUGUGAGCGAGAUAAAGAAAAAACAACAAAUGUUAGUUACCACUUUGGUUUCAGCGGUUCCCGGCUAUAUUUCGGCAAACUUUAGUAAUAGCAACAACAAUGGACACAACGUUGAGGCAAAUGGGCUUGCAGUUAUUCCUUUGCACAUAGCAAGUCGCUUAGGGCAGUUGGAAGAGAACGCUCGCGAAUUGGCAGUGAAUAAAGUUUUGCCCAUUGGUGACUUACCCACAUAUACCGUUCGUAAUCAUUUCUCGCCAAGUGGCUUUUCCACAGCAAACACCAUAAAACAAGUACAGUUAUCUCAGCAUUCAGUAGAAAGCGAAGACAGAAAAUCUUCACGUUUAUUUAAAAGUAUUAACAAUAAUGAAUUGUACUUCAAUCGCUCACCAAAACAUUAUUACCAACAAUUGAAAAGUGUUAAUGGUAAUAUUAGUAGUUCAUUAAAGCCGCCCCACACAGCAGCACUUUUCACUAGGCAAUUUUCGACCACAACAUAUUAUGGAUUCGCGGAUUUUACCACUAUUGUAGGUGAUAGUGUAAUUGUUUUUUCUCCAAGUACUUACUCACAAAACAUAAAUUUGGGUCACGUGACUUCUAUAAAAGGCGAAGCAACUUUGGAUGGUGGUGGCAUUAAAAACGCCCAGGUAUCUACUGUGGCUAUAAGCAUUAAUACAGAAUUCAUAGCACCCACAUUAGCUGCAAACACGCAGUUUUUAGAAACUGUUCAAGUAAAUAAUUUAAGUAAACAGCAAGAUGAUAGUUUGAGCAUAUAUUUUAUGUCUACCAUAAUGCCAUCGCAGGGACCAAAAGAGAUCUCACAUGAAGUGGCAUAUAGUGGGGACGAUCAAUUGGAAAUAUCCCAUGUGGGUGUUGUAAUAAGUAAUGCUACAAGCAGCAUUAAUGUAGAAAAUGAAGUAAAUAAGUCAAUGAGCUUGGGCGAAAUCAUACUCACUGUUGACAAGCAGACGUUGGUGACAACGGCUACAUAUUCCCGCCCUUCUGAUCAGGAAGUUUUGGAAAUAUACGCCUCUCUUUCGCGCGCAGAGGCAGCAAGCAAGUCUGCUACGCAGACAAAAAUUGCACCAACGGCAGUUAAGGAUGAGGAAAUGUCUACUGACCAGUUAGUUCUUGAAAGAAAUAUAAUUACGACGGGUUUAUCUGUACAAAGCAGUGAAGACCGCAGCUCUGAAGCAACUAAUGCGGAUGUUUCUCUGCUAAGUGCUAGUUCCUCCGUGAAGAUCUUAGGCGGCGCAACUACAAUAUUUUUCGAAGACGACCCCUUUGCUAACUUUGUUGAACCAACAUCUACUUUGAACUUGAAAUAUGCACAAGUGCAUAAAGAUGUUAUAGUGGUAACUGAUACCACUGAUAUGUUAGAGGCAAAUAGAAUACAACUUGAUUACGAAACAACAACCAAUAGCCAAACAACGAUGGAAGAAUACGAAGAUAUCAAUGACGCAAUCACCAGAGAUCUGCCGAAAAUUAUUGCAAACAAUAACUUUGAGGAAGAAAAGAGCGUAGAAGAGCACAAUUCUUUUAAAACUGUAGAAACAGAUGGCAGUGAUGGCCAGCCGGUGUGGCCGCCGACCAAUGUCAGUCUGAUGGAAAUCGUUGUCAAUGAUGAUAUUGUUGAAUUCAAGGACUGCAUAAGAACUUCACAGACUUUUCUUACGCAAAAAGCGACAACAACAACUCAUUUAAACACGGUAUACGAAGCCAUACCUGGUUCACAAGAGGAAAAUAAAACAGCCAAAAUUGAAACUUUAAUUCUGCCUACCUUCGAUAUUUUAGAAACAACUAAGCACUAUUGUAUAAAACCUAAAGCAACCAAAAUAAUAACAGCGACAAACAAUCUAACUGAAAGUAUUGCGAUAAUGGAGGUAGAAGAUACUUCCCAGUUAGAAAAGCCACAGCUACAGCUUGUUAAUGAAACAGAAGUUGAAGUGUUGAAUGAAACAAAUUCAACAACAACCGCAGCCCAAAACGAAGUAGAAUAUGAGGAAGAAGCAACAGACGCCAGCGAUGCAGGAUCCGAUACCGAUGCUGAUACUGAUAUUGAUCUAGAUGACGUAGUCUACUCGGUUGAAGAGGAUUCCGGUGAAGAGAUUGAAUUAAUUUAUAAGACACUCUAUACAACGUAUACUUACUUGACAACAUUCUUUGAUGACGGCAGUAGUACUAGUAUAUCAAGCCACACGGAAGUGUUUACCAAUGUUUUGACGUCUAGUUUGAAACCAGGCAGCGGGGAAAUAAAAUCAACUGAUUCCAUAAUAUCACCGACAGCGAACACUAUGAGUGUAGAAGAGGGAUUUAAUAUGAGGAAUCAGCAUGACCACAGCGCUAGUAAAUCUGCAAGUACCUCAAAAUUUGUACUACCGACCGAGUUGGAGAGCAUAUUGCGUGAAGGGGAAUAUACCAAAGACAGCAGCACUGAUGCUGAUGCCAUUGACGAGAAACUAAGCUUUACCACUGCCGUUUUAGAUAACAACAAAGUAGUGAAAACAUACUUUACAACCUAUACGUAUUACACAACUAUAUUUGUAGAGGGUGAAACAGAAACCAUGUCCAGAACCGUGGUGUACACAAAUUACGUUACAGACUCUAUAGCGCCUACCACUGUGUUUGAAAUUAAUAAAGCAACACAAGCACAAGUAACUGACAUGCCGGUCGAUAGAUCUACAGAAGUCACAAACACUAUUUUAGCCAAUAAUGUUAGCAGUUUAAAUGGAGUGAAAGAAAUAGAAGAAAACAUGUCGAAUGACCAUCAACUAUUAAGCUAUAGCACUAUGAUCCGCACGCAUGCCGUAUCUACUUAUAGCAAUCAGUCAGAGCCUGAUCUUAACAACUAUACAUCUGUUACUCUAGUUACUGAUGUGCGGUCCAGCAGUUCGAAUGGCGAUCACCAUAUUAUUAAUCAAAAGCUUGAUUCUGUGGAUGACCAGAUAAGUUCGGAGAGUAAUACAGACGAAAUAAGGCCAUCACCUACAUUGCUGUUACAGACGAGUUUCACCACCUUUACGUACUAUACAACCAUGUAUAACAAUGAUGAUACAAAUGUAGUUAGUCGCCUAGAAACAAUAACCAAUGUAGUUACCGAAACAUUGCAGCCGAGCAAAACUGAAAGUAUUGACGAAGCAACGCUACCUAUAACAUAUUUCACCACUUUCACCUACUGGACGAAACUAGCAAAGUAUGGGGAAAUAACAACUCUUAGCAGAGAGGAGACAAUUUCAAAUAUCAUUCCACCGAGUUUAAUACCAUCAAUAUCUGCUUUGAUUACAAUCAGUUCUUCAUUAAAUAGUUACGUACCGCUAGACAUAAGUACAACAAUUGGAGAAGCAAUUGCUGAUGCAACUGAUAAUCAAAUAGAUAACUUUUCCAGUGGCUUAUCAGAAGAUUCGAUUAACGUACCAAUAAAUGCUGACGAAAUACAUAAGACAGAGAUCUUUGAGCCCACGACUUACUAUACAACUUAUACAUAUUACACCACUUCAUACGAUGUUGAUACGACAAUUACAGAUUCACGUUUCGAAACAGUCACUAAUGUGGUCAUGCCAACACUCAUACUGCCAGAUGCAACUAAAGCAGUUGAAGAUGAUGAAGGCACUAGUAAAGUUAGCAAUAUUGAUGGUUUAAUUGAUUUAAGACCCUCCAUGAGUAAUGAAAGUAAUAUCGGCAGUACCCUAGCUCUGCCAAAAGCAGCUCUUGUGCUUUACGACCGUAAAAAGAUCAUCGAUUCGGAAGGCAUUAGUACAUUGUAUUUUACCACGGAGGUACUGCCCACUACCGCUGCCGAUGGUUCGCCUUCCGAAAUUACCAGCAGCAUGUCGAGUUUAUAUAUUGAUGAAGCGAAGAAAGCUUUGCAGCCGAGCACCAAUGCAGUCGCAGGUAAUGCGGAUGGUAGCACUGCGCGUCAUUAUAAAACGGGUUUGGUGCGGUUAAUUGAAGGCACACGAAUUGCGAACCAUACAACAACCCUUUAUCAGUCGAAAGUUAUUGGAACUUUUAUUGAGAAUCGUUAUGCUCAAAUUAUUGAGAGCACAUCUAGUUUUAUUUUUGAGACAAAUAGGUUGAAUGGAAAUAACGUUAUGGCCUCCGGUGAGGUUAUUGAACCAACACUUACACCCAUAACACCUCCAGCAAUCGAGGCCACGCAAGUAGUAACCCUAAAUGAACCGACUGCUCAUGCAAGUAUUGCAGACAAUGGCUCCGCUGAAAGUGCUACAGAUUUGCCCAUAGGCAACGAUAGCUCUAAAGACGAUGAUGAAGAUGAAACUGAUGAGGAUGAAGCCAAUAAAGGUCGUUUGCCAUUCCAAUCAAAGAAACAUACUUUUACACCGGUAAUACGCCCGUUCGCAUCACGCAACCGACCACAAUUCGCACCAAAGAAGAAGAGCGGUGCACCAAGUAGCGCAACUAUUAUAACACGUAUUGAUUUCACACCAACUAUAACUGCAACACCGGCGCUAAAAACCACCGGUCGAUUUAGCACUUUACGAAAAGGUGGACUUUAUAGUAGUCCUAUUUCGACAGGUUCACCUGUUAUUUCUAAUGCUUCUUCAUCUCGUCGAUCCUUUGGUCGGCCAAUAAAAUCCUCACAGCCUUCUGGUAGUAGUGGUGGACUAAAUUCGCCGUCCAUUUCAUUUAGUAGUGGUUUUGUCGGUAGCCGAAAUCGACUUUCGUCUUCUCCUCGUCCGCUUUUACAGUCUUCUACACGACGCGCGGGGGUUUUGAUACGGCCCUCAUCUUCUGGCAUUUUUCGGCCAGUCUUUUCAACUUCUUAUGCUGGUAAUUCACGUAUACGUGUUAAACCAACUGGUUUGGGACUACCUGGCUAUCAAAAUACGGCAACAGAGAGCAUAACUACUUUGACACCUGAUGUGAGCGGGGAAGAAGAGUCAACUACGCCUGAACUGCAAAUAAAUGACAACGAAAAUGAAGAGGGAACGCUUGAUGCCAUUCGUCGAAAUCAAAACCCUUUACUACGCUUUCGUAGACCAAUAAAUCGCCCAGCUGGCUUUACACCAGCUAGCCAGCGUACUAUUACUGGUGCGGUUUCAGCACGGCGAAAUCCUUUAACAGGGCGCGCCAAAUCUGCAACUACUCCUUCUACCACCACAACAACCACACCACAAUCGCGUCCACGCAGCUUUCAACGACCGCAAAUUGGAAACAUACCAAGCAAACCUCGCCCUCAAAAUAGCCUUUUCCCACCACGCGGACUACUUCAGAAACAAAAUAAUCAAGAAACCAAUGAAGCAAAAGAAAAUAAAAAGGAUGAAAAAUUAGAAGGUAACUUAGAUGCAGAUGACGACUCUGAAUAUGAAGACGAAGAUGAGGAGGAUAAUGAAGAUGAUGUCGAUGGUGAUAACAGCCGACGUCGUCGCUCUAAUUCCAAACAGCAUAAAUCUUCGAUUAAGGCAGUGGCAUUGGAAACAGUUAAAACCGAUAGAUAUAAAAAAUACUAUGAGAAACCUGAAAGGUCUUUACGGGUACGUCGUGAAACCGAUAAGUCGUUACACAGGCGUAGUAACUUUCGUAACAGAUUCCGUCGCCCAAAGCUUACUUCAGCUGACGAAGAACGCAAUUUUACUGAAAACGUCGAGCCUGAAACGCUACCACCGACCACAGCACCAACGCGGCCAAGGAUGAGCGGACGUUUCGUCUCGCGCUAUACGGGACUUCAUAGUACACAGGCAGCUGCGAUCACGAUAGUUAGUACAGCAAAUCAUCGUGCAAUAAGACCAACCCGACCCACAAAUGGACGCGCCCAAUUUACUCUACGUGAGAAAGAUAACAUCACAACUCAGAAAGGUUUGACGCGUGCUGGCACAAAUAAUUUUCGUCGACCACAAACUGCUGCCUCAGCUCGUCGAACAUCACCGGCGUCCACAAGCAGCACUCGCCGUUUAAAAUCAUACAAGAAUAAUUUGUCACAGGACUCAUCUGUGCGAAAUACAUCACCGAGAGGGCGUAAUAAUUUGAGUCGCACACGUACCACCAUGCGCGGUCGUAGUCGUAAUGAUUACAAUGCCGAUCUAGUUUUAGUACCUAAUGUUGGAACCAUUACCGUUACACACGUGCUACCGGCUGAAGUAACUAUACCAAUUGUAAAUGGUAAAAUAACCGAAUAUAAAAAUGUUAUUACAGCGAAGACGAGCACAGAGGUAUUGGGGCCCCAACAAUUCACUAGUUUUGUUGGUAGUAAUGGGCAGACAAUGUUGGCAUUGAUACGCGAAGACUCCAGUGUGAAUUUUGGUGGCGCCACUGAAAUCACGCAGUAUGUGCUGCACGAGUCGACGACUACAACUGUAAUAUUCACGCCAACAACAAUACGUGGGCGAAAAACAUCAUUUUCCCACAUAAUACCUUCAACUGUUUAUUCAGUGGAAAAUGUUGUUUCAACAUCACAUCCACAAAUAUCUGCGAAUGCGCCUUUGGCUAACAUAUUACUAUCACAGCUGUUACUUGGCAAUAUUGGCCUACCGCCUGCAAACCCCCUGCUUGGUGCAUUAGGCGCUGCAACUACACCUACACCUAAUCAAUUAGCAAUCGGUUCAUUAGGUACCCAUGUGAUAGCAACGCCAGUUACCGAGUAUCGCACACAUACAUCUACCUACGUUACAACGGUUUUUGAGGGAAUGUCCACUGUUUUGCCAGUAACAUUCCAGGGGAAAAAGAUAUUGACCACCGUUUAUGAUACAACGGCCCAAACAAUAACAGCUACGGAAUUUGUCACAGAUACCAUUGUAACGACUUCAACGCAACAACCAUUGAUUGCUCAGGUACCGCAAGUCAACAACUUAUUGCUACAACAAUUGUUAUUGCAACAGCAGCUACAACCACAAAUCGAACAGCUACCCAUACUACAUUCAACAGCACCACAACUGCUGCUAUCAGAUAAUAUACAGGAUCUAGACUCGAAUAAUAUCCGGCUAUCCAAUGAAAAUGAAAAUGAUAUACCUAUUAUCGAAGAAAAUCAGUCAAAUAAAGUUGUGCGGAAAAAGUCACGUAAAUCUGGCAAGUCACAUAAACGAAAACAUCAUUCAGCACAAGAUGAAGCACCAGAGGGAUCUAGUAUAAUCACGUUGUAUGUUUCUGGUCGACGUCCAGGCGAAUUUAGCACGAUUUUGAGCACUGUGCCACUGAGCUUUGAUUCUACAGUACACAAGCGUCAAGCGCUUAGUGGUGUGAAACAAACAACUAGCAUUGAUUCAAUCACUGACUUUUACGUAACAGAUGGCAGUGAAUUUGUUGAAGAGUACAUGUUGCCAGAACUGCCAGGUAAUGAGGUCAAUGACAUUACAGUGCCUCAGAUAAAGAGCGGCGAAUACAAUUCGUUCGAUCAAACGCAAUCGCUUGAGAGCAUUGUCGGGGAUGUUGAAACAUGGCUCGCUAACAUCACUCAUGCGUAUAGCGAGCAAACAACAGCUAAGUUAUUGGCGAUCACUAGCACACUGCGGAGCGAAAGAUUUCAACAGGCAGAAAGUCGUCUAUUUAACAAACCAUCGAAUACGACAAACACGCCGGUUGGAAAUAGGAAAAACUAUAAUUUUUUAGUUUAACUGACCUUACUGUGAUGUCAUCCCCACGCCAGUUCAAGGUCAUUAAUUUUGAUACGACAAGCACAAACACAGCUAUUGGUACGUGGGCUUACAGUAGCUGCAUUAAUAAUCUUAUAUGUAAGAUCAUUAAAAGCCGCACUCCGAACAGCUACAAUAUAUGCAUGCAUGUGUUCUACAAUAGAGGCAACAACAAAAAUAAAAUGGUUCAUAAAUGCUUAGGGGAUAAUAUCCUGCACAAUAUUUUCGCACGCAAGUCAAUAUCAAUAUAUAAAGAACAAAUUGCCAAAUAUUUUAGAUGCAAUGGUAUUUCGUCUGUUAUAAAAUCUAACCACACGUAUCCCAUACAUAAGAUCAAUAAUAAUAUUAACUAUUGUAAUAUAUUAAUGAAGAGGAAAAGGAGAAGUACUACAAGUUUGACGGUCAAUGAAAGCGUCACCAGUCACCACCCGCUAAUGAAAAUACUACAAUUUCAAAAAUAACUAAUUAUGAUAGUAAAAUAAUAUCUUUGAAUAGAACUGCGACAUAUCCGAACCCUUUUUAACGACGUAAGUAUAAUAAAGUACUCAUGCGACGCCGAACACUGAAAAUGAUUGCAGCAACUACAUUUGACACUGCCACUAAUGAGGUGCUGACUAAAAGUGUGACAUCUUCACUUGCGCCACGACACAAGAUCAUUAUUAUAAAACAAAGACAUCGGCGUCCGGUAGACAUGGCGACACAUAGACAAAAAGACUACGUAAACAAAAAAAGCACACUGCAAUUUACAUUAGUCAGCAAUUUCCCUGCGGUCGGUAGCCAUAACAGUAAUGAGUCCAAGCUAGAUUGAAACCGAUAAAUGGUUGUACUCGCUUUGUGGGUAAAUACAUCAAUCGCAAACUUCCAAAAAUUGAACAAGUAUGCGCAAAUAAUCGAAUCGCAAUAACAAUAACAACAAUAGUGCGGACAAAGACACUGGAGCCUGUAACUGAAAUAGAAGAAAUAAUUUUAGACACACAAGCAAACACCGAGAGUGUAUAUAAAAUAAUGCCAAGUCGCACGCAGACGAGCCGACGGUGUAAGAAGAAAGAACGUCCACAACGUCAACAAAGUCAAAAAUUUAAAUCUGUUGUACCAGCAGCCAAACAUCAAAACCAAACAAUGCUCGACGAGUCCCCAACAUCAGCAUUUACAACUUCAAUGAUCACAAAAGCAAUUGCAAUACCACCAAAAUUAUUAAGUGCUUCGUCAAAUAACGAAAGCAUGCAUUCAAUUACUAAAAUUGAUACCAUGCACUUGCCCGUCAGUUUUGUAACCAUGCUGCAAGUGCGGCUCGAUGGUAGGACUGCUGUUCAAACAACACCAGUUUUUGCCUCGCAUAUGAAUAUUCAAACAUUCUUCAAUUCUGAAAUCGCUACAGGUGUACAAUAUAACACGAUUGUACGCGCGCACUUACACUUACGUGGAUCGGGUGCACGAACAGGAACAUCAUGUUGAAUCUUCAACCACUGACGCGCCAGCUAACAUCGGCAGCGCUAACGCUUACAGCGGUCCUGUCGCAAUAAGUACAGUGCGUCUCAUACUUUUGGGUGUACAUAAAUAUCACUUAUGAAAGAAAGAUAAUCAACUACACGUGAAUACGUAUUUGCGACAUUGUUCUGGUGUUGUACUGGUCCCUUUGUCUCCACUAUCGCUAAAAAAUAACAAAUACCUUAUUAUAGAUAAAUAAAACCAACAACUUAUUCACAUGCAAAUAUAUAUAGAAGCAUAUAUAUAGGCCUCUUCUAUUCGCCACUUCUCUGAUCGGCUCGCUUGACAAAAAAUUUGCAUGUGAAAGCAACAUCAGUUAUAUUGAGCAAGAUUCGCCGCUAGUGAGUAUAGUUAUACCUCAAAAAACUGGUAGAACUCACUGUCAGCUGCUUCACCUAUUCGCCACUAGCUAACGCUUGGCGAAAAGAAGAGACCUUAUGUUGAGCCAACAUGCCUACAAACUUUACCUUUGUUAGCACUAUAAUGCUCGCAAUACCUGAGAUAGAUGGCGACGUUAACCUUGAAUUAUCGACUUAAUUUGGAAUUAGAGCGCUGAUAUCCAAGACUUACACACACCAUACCAGCAACACUUGUUCUUGGUUAUCCUAAACUCCACUUAACUUAGAAAACAUAAAGACUUGAUUUAAAUUUCUAAUUGUGCCCAGAUUCACCGACGUAGACCUACUUUUCUUGUCAGCUGACACGAUUAAACUUAUGGGAGCGCCAUGUAAAUGAAAACUCAUCAUCGUGUUCUUGCGACGUUAUCGUGUAUCGUGUACUGGUGUAAAUGAAAAAUUUUGAUUGUUUCGUAAACACGUGUCAGGUGGUUGCUCUCUCAUCACACGGUUUUGUCAAACGGUACAUUUUGAAUUCAUUAACAAAAUAAACUUAUUAAAAUUUAAAUUUUUAUGAAAAGAAUUUUAAAACGCGGUUUAAUAAUGUUAAUUAUAGAUAAAUGAACUAUUGCAUUUGUUCAUUUUUGGCUUUGGUUUAUUAUACUUACAAUGAGAAAUUGUAACUGAUAACGCGGAUGUGUGUAAAAGUAUGCAGGCAAAAAGAUGAAUAGCAGCAUUGUGACCAUACAACCAAACACAAACCCACACAAACCGAUGUGUUGUGUAAAUAUGUAACGAAACGAAAACAGCUGUUUUCUAUAGUCACAAUUUUGUGUACCUCACGAGCAACAGACAAAGUCUACGGUAACGUCGUUGAGUGUUGGCACCAUAAGUUAUUUAUUUUACAUUGAGAGACAUGAGAGAAUCAUACUGGCAUGUUGUUUUAUAGAUUCCUCCAAAUAUGCCAUACAAAAGAAGUAACCGAAACAAACAAGUUUGUAAUUAUAUUAUUUAUUUUAAUAUUUUGGAGCUGUUUCAGCAAUAGCAAUGUAAAAUUUGUUUUUAAAAAAUCAUUGUUUUUAGUAUAAGCGCACAUAGUACUCGAAUUAUUGUAUAAGGUAAAUUUUUUACCACAAUACUACCUUUUGUUAGCAUAAAAUUUUUAUCAGGCGCCGUAGCCGAAUGGGUUGGUGCGUGACUACCAUUCGGAACUCACAGAGAGAACGUAGGUUCGAAUCUCGGGCAAACACCAAAAUUAAGAAAAACAUUUUUCUAAUAGCGGUCACAUGAGAAAGCUACUCAAAAAAAUAUCUGCCGUUCGGAGUUGGCUUGAAACUGUAGGUCCCUCCAUUUGUGGAACCACAUCAAGACGCACGCCACAAAUAGGAGGAGGAGCUCAUCCAAAUACCCAGAAAGGGUGUACGCGCCAAUUAUAUAUAUAUAUAAAUUUAAUAUAUAACAUAUGUAUAAUUAAUAUAUAUAUAUAAAAUUGCGCCGUUAAUUGGGAUUAACGCCGCCAUUUGUCUAUGUUAAAAUGCCAUUGCGAGUGAUCAAAAGUGCGUAUUUUCAAAUCCAAAUUGAAAUACUCAAGCAAAUGCAAUUGUAUGCAUGUAUACCAAUAUAUUCAUAAGAAUUAACUAGUUGUAAGUUUAAGAAUGUAUGUAUAUAUGUGUAACAAAGUAGCCGUAAGUUGUAAAAAAAUAUUUUUAAAUACGUAUGUAUCUAUGGAUAUACUUGUAUCAUGUCAUGUAUAUUUUUCU